UAGCCAAAGACCGUUUCCUACAACAAACCAACUGACUUUUCAAAGUCUUUCUGGCAUUUUUAAGUCUGGUCGGUCCUCUCUUUGUUCACAAAGUUUCCUUUUCACUUCAUCGUCAACGAGGUCAAAGCUAUUUUCUUUCAUCCAAUUCUAGAUAAAGGAGGGUUCUUUUUCCAUUGUCACUCGCUGAGAAUUCAGCUUCAAGCAGGCAGUUAUAGAGAAACAGAGGGUUCUUUUUCCUGAAAAUGACUUGCUGAUAACUCAGCUUCAAGAAGGUCACAUUUACUAGUAAUGGCUGGUUAUGAGAAAGAUGAUUUACCAAUGUUGUCAGAUUCCCGUCAUCAAUUAUCAGAUGAAAAUGUGAAUUCUCGGCUUCAUGAUUUUGCUUCCAGGACCAGGAGCGCAUCACUUUCUAUUCCCACAAACUACUCCGAGUCCUCUGAACCUCAAUCUUUUCUUGUAGGCCAUACUGGUCCUUUACGGAAUGAAAGGAGGACACCAUUUAUCCAAAUGAGUGGCCCUUUAUAUAUUAGCCGUAAUCAAGAAAACAAUUUCCGUCAAAAUCAAGGUGUUACUGUUGUUCAAAUGCCAGAACGUAGGAUAGAAACAUUUCCGUCUUUCCGUGUAAUGGAACAGAAUGAUUGGUCUGAGGAUAACUAUGCUAGAAAAAAUGAGCAUUUACUGAGGUCUGGGCAAUUGGGAAUGUGUAAUGAUCCUUACUGCACCACAUGUCCAACAUUUUACAAGUACCAAGCUGCACAACCAAAAUAUUCAAAAUCUUCUGGUAUAUUUGAUUCGCAGUUCCAUAACGCCCUCUACGGUGAUGCCAAAGGUUGGGCUAGAAGAAUUUUCUCUUUCUUGAGUGCAAAUAUCCCUGGGAUCAUGAACCCUCAUACUAAAGUUGUUCAACAGUGGAACCAAUUUCUUGUUAUUUCUUGCCUGCUGGCGAUUUUUGUAGACCCUUUGUUUUUCUUCCUGCUGUCCGUGGACAAGAACAAUAUGUGCAUAUUUAUUAACUGGCCCUGGGCUACAGCUAUUGUGGUUUUCAGAUCUAUUACUGAUUUGAUAUUCUUAUUGAACAUGCUUCUUCAGUUUAAGCUAGCAUACGUUGCUCCUGAGUCUAGAGUGGUUGGAGCUGGGGAGUUAGUUGAUCAUCCAAAGAAAAUUGCUCUCAAUUACCUUUCUGGAUUCUUUUUUCUUGACUUAUUCAUAGUAUUGCCUCUUCCUCAAAUCAUGAUACUGAUUGUCAUACCUAGAAACUUGGGAAUGUCAGGAGCAAACUAUGCUAAAAACCUUAUACGGACAUCAGUUCUUGUUCAGUACAUUCCCAGAUUAUAUAGAUUUCUGCCUUUGUUUGCUGGUCAGUCUCCAACCGGCUUCAUAUUUGAGUCAGCAUGGGCGAAUUUUUUCAUCAAUCUUUUCACUUUUGUAUUGGCUGGUCAUGUUGUUGGAUCAGGCUGGUACCUUUUUGGAUUACAGAGGGUUAAUCAAUGUCUUCGUAAUGCCUGCCAUGAUUCUUCACUUUACCCCAACUGCAAGGAUUUCAUAGAUUGUGGCCGUGGGGAUGGGUUUAGUAGAUUUAAUUCUUCUCCAUUAUGGACCAAUUGGACAUCCAAUGCAAAUGCUACUGCUUGUUUUACGUCUGACGGUUUUGCUUAUGGAAUUUACGAACUAGCUGUCAACCUUACUACAGAAGGUAGUAUUGUUACCAAAUACAUAUAUGCAUUGUUCUGGGGAUUCCAGCAAAUAAGUACUCUCGCGGGAAACCAGCAACCAAGCUAUUUUGUUUGGGAAGUCCUUUUUACUAUGGGCAUUAUUGGACUGGGGCUCUUGCUCUUUGCUUUUCUCAUUGGAAAUAUGCAGAACUUCCUCCAAGCUCUCGUGAGGAGGAGGCUAGAAAUGUCGCUAAGAAGACGAGAUGUGGAGCUAUGGAUGAGCCAUCGGCGCUUGCCUGAAGAGCUAAGAAGGCAAGUACGAGCAGCUGAACGAUACAAUUGGGCUGCCACCAGAGGAGUGAAUGAAGAAAUGCUUUUUGAGAAUUUGCCCGAAAACCUACAGAGAGAUAUAAGGCGACAUCUCUUCAAAUUUGUGAAGAAUGUUCGAAUUUUUGCCCUGAUGGAUGAACCAAUAUUAGAUGCGAUUUGUGAGAGAUUGAGGCAAAAUACAUAUAUUGAGAAAAGCAUAGUUUUAUAUCAAGGCAGUAUAGUAGACAAGAUGGUUUUUAUUGUGCGCGGGAAAAUGGAGAGCACAGGAGAAGACGGGAUAAGAGUCCCCUUGUGCGAGGGGGAUGUUUGUGGAGAGGAACUCCUUACAUGGUGCCUCGAGCAUUCAUCUAUAAGUAGAGAUGUAAAUAAAAUAAGAAUUCCGGGGAAGCGAUUGCUCAGCAACAGGACAGUAGAAUGCUUAACAAAUGUUGAAGCAUUUUCACUCCGAGCAUCAGACAUUGAAGAAGUUACCAGUCUUUUCGCAAGAUUCUUGCGGAAUCCUCGAGUUCAAGGAGCCAUAAGGUAUGAAUCACCGUAUUGGCGAAGCCUUGCUGCUACACGUAUUCAAGUAGCGUGGCGAUACUGGAAGAAACGCUUGAAUCGGGCUGAUACCUCGGUCUCUCGGUCCAGUGACCAGUCAUUCUUCUAGAUGAGAAUCUUUCUAUUUUAUGUAAGGUACAUUUAUGAUGGAUGAUUUUGUGCAGUAUAACCACACCAUUGCCUCACAUUAUAAUUGAAGAUUAUGGUCGUCUAAUAGUAUUUGUACUUUCGUUA